CCCACCCGGCCAAACGCUCCCAGAGUCAGCGUCCCGGUCCUCCUGACUUUCGGCCCGCUCCUUCUGGAGGGCUCAGCUCAUCAGGUGCCUCCUCCCAGACUUCUUACCGCUUUGCUCCAGGUGUCCCUACAUCACACCCGAGGGAGCCCAAAGGCCUCCUCUCCAUCCUCCUCGGGUUGCUGCCCCUUGACCCAGAGCCCCAUUCAUACCUUCCCAUCUGCGGCCCCGGGGGGUGGUCUGUUCUCACCGACUACGCCCAUCCAGCCUCUGCACCUGCGGGUCCCUCUCUCCGUCUUCCCGCCCACCCUACCUCGUCCUCCGGACCCCUUUCGGGCCUCACGUCCUCGCCCUCCGCCCUCAUGGUCCCAGAGCAGGGCCCCGCCAACAACAGCACCCUGGACUGGGAGUCGGGGCCGUCAUCGGAGCCGGGGGGCAGCGGCUGGGUGGCGGCCGCGCUGUGUGUGGUCAUCACGCUGACGGCGGCGGCUAACUCGCUGCUCAUCGCGCUUAUCUGCACGCAGCCCACGCUGCGCAACACGUCCAACUUCUUCCUGGUGUCGCUCUUCACGUCGGACCUGAUGGUGGGGCUGGUGGUGAUGCCGCCGGCCAUGCUGAAUGCGUUGUACGGGCGCUGGGUGCUGGCGCGGGGCCUCUGCCUGCUCUGGGCCGCCUUCGACGUGAUGUGCUGCAGCGCCUCCAUCCUCAACCUCUGCCUGAUCAGCCUGGACCGCUACCUGCUCAUCCUCUCGCCGCUGCGCUACAAGCUGCGCAUGACGCCCCCGCGCGCUCUGGCACUGGUCCUGAGCGCCUGGGGCCUGGCCGCGCUCGCCUCCUUCCUGCCCCUGCUGCUGGGAUGGCACGAGUUGGGCCGCGCGCGGGCGCCCGCCCCGGGCCAGUGCCGCCUGCUGGCCAGCCUGCCCUUCGUCCUGGUGGCGUCGAGUCUCACCUUCUUCCUGCCCUCGGGCGCCAUCUGCUUCACCUACUGCAGGAUCCUGCUGGCCGCCCGCAAGCAGGCCGUGCAGGUGGCCUCCCUCACCACCGGCAUGGCCGUCCAGGCCUUGGAGACGCUGCAGGUGCCCAGGACCCCGUGCCCCGGGGUGGAGUCGGCUGACAGCGGGCGUCUAGCCACCAAGCACAGCAGGAAGGCCUUGAAGGCCAGCCUGACACUGGGCAUCCUGCUGGGCAUGUUCUUUGUGACCUGGCUGCCCUUCUUUGUGGUCAACAUAGCCCAGGCCGUGUGCGACUGCAUCUCCCCGGGGCUCUUUGAUGUCCUCACAUGGCUGGGUUACUGCAACAGCACCAUGAACCCCAUCAUCUACCCGCUCUUCAUGCGGGACUUCAAGCGGGCCCUGGGCAGGUUCCUGCCGUGUCCCCACUGCCCCCGGGAGCGCCAGCCCAGUCUUGCCUCGCCCUCCGUGCGUACCUCUCACAGCGGCCCACGGCCGGGCCUGAGCCUGCAGCACGUGCUGCCGCUGCCCCUGCUGCCGGACUCGGACUCGGACUCGGACCCGGGCUCGGGGGGCUCCUCAGGCCUGCAACUCACGGCCCAGCUGCUGCUGCCUGGAGAGGCCACCCGGGACCCCCCGCCACCUGCCGGGACCACUACCGCAGUCAGCUUCUUCAACGGUGAUCCUGUGGAGCCUGAGCUGCAGCUGCCUCCGCUUGGUACCCCGAGGAACUGACACAGGCUUGGAGAGCUGGACUGGAUGGGACCAAGUCCCUGAGGCCCUGGACCAGCUCUUGGCUAAAACCAGGAUGCUACAGGUCUCCCGGGAGCCCGCUGAGCUCCAGGGGGCUGCACGGAGCCAGCUCCCCGUGCCCACUCCAGGCCUCCCACCUGGAGGGCUAGUUGCUGGCUCGGUACAGUUUUCUUCAGGAUGCCCCACUAUUGAGUGUAACUUGUGGCUGUGUGUAGAGCAAGGCUGGGGGACUCCAGGGAGUGGGGUAAGGACCUCUUGGCCCAGAUUAGGAUGAAGACAACCAUCUCCUUUGCACAUUUCUGUCAGACUGCGUGGGAGGGACAUCUCUGUCUGCAGAGGCAGCUUGGCGCUGGGCCAAAUUCCUCGGUCCUCCAAGUGUGGUCCGUGGGCCACCGCAUCAGCUCCCGGGAGCCUGUUAGAAAUGCACACCCCUGCCCGACCCCGACCUGGUGUUCAGCGGGUGGAUCCUGCGCACGUUAUGGUUUGAGACGUGCUGGUUCAGGUGAUCUUUAACCCCGAGGAUGGUUUGCUAGACAGUUUUUGGACCAGUCAGGUUCUCAGGAUACACCUGCCCACACACAAAGCAUCUGAGACUGGGAGUCAGGCAGGCUACAUGUGAACCUCUGCUUCACCACUUACCAGUCCUCGUACAAGUUCCUUAACCCCUCUGAGCCUGGGAGUCAGGCAGGCCUACAUGUGAACCUCUGCUUCACCACCUACCAGUCCUCGUACAAGUUACUUAACCCCUCUGAGCCUAUUACUCCACGUGCAAAAUGGGAGUAACGAUGCCUGCUUCAUAGGGUGUCUUGAGCGUUAGGAUACUGAACACAGAAUGCCCGGCACUCGGCAGGUGGGCGGCUGGUGGUCCCUGCUGUUACAGCUCCUGGCCAUCCAGCCCCCUGGCCUCUGGCUGAGGGCCAGGAAGGGCUCUUUGUUCCCACUGUUCUUCCACCUUCCUCCUCGUCUUCAGCCCCGGCCCGGUCCCACAGCCUGGCUCGCUCUGGAAGCCGGGUAGGGCCCCCACCCCAGCUCCCAGGCGGCUGCACUGCGUCUCCUGGAGCCGAAGGGAGAGCUGGUGGCUUCUGCUCAGCACCAGGAAUGGUGUUCCUCUAGCCUGGACUUCCUUGGGCCUAGAAGGGAACCAGCUGGUGGGGACAGAACCAGCCCUUGCCCACCUCCUUCUGGCCUUCCCAGGGCUCAGUGGGAGUGGUGGCCAUCGGGUCAGCAGAGUUGUAGAGCUGCCCCUGGCGUGGGCUGGUGCCCUCGGGCAGGCAGGUGGACCCUGGCACAGGGGCCUGCUUUGUUCUGACGGGGGAACUCUUGGUUCCCAAAGCUUACCUACUUUAGGUUUCUUUUUAGUCAGAGGUUUUUCUUACUCUGCUUCCCACCUCCAAGUUCCAUCCACCCAAACUCCCAGGGGCCUCCACCGGCGGCCUGGAGCUCUCCUUGGUGCUGAGUAGACUCAAUUCUGGCCAUGCCGCUGGCUGUAGAGGGGCCCUGGUUCUACUGGGGCUCCCCCUCUACCCCCAGGCCUGCCCCAGUGGACUCCCAAUAAACACUAGCUGAGGCGGUGACCGUGGUGUGAACUGAAUUCAGGCUGUAGAAGCAGCUGGUGACGUGGGAAGAGACUCUGGGUGCAGGUGUCCUGGGUUCUGGUCCGGACUCUGCCCUGAGUUUGCUUUGGGACCUCAGCAACGUCAUUUCCUCUCUCGGGGCCUCAGUUUUCCGUGGGUGACAUGAGCUGUUUGGAUUAACAGCAGUAGGAGUUCUGUAAAUAGUUUUUGAAACAAAUACACGUACCCCUGAGGACCAGUUUGGCUCCAACACUCUAAUUCCCCUGCCUCUCCCCACUCCUCGCUGCCUCCCCUGAGCUUGUCAAUAUUUUCUCUGCCGGGGCCUUGGUUUCCCCAUCUGCACGAUGUGGGGGGGGGGAUUAUCUCUGGCCCGCUCAUUCAGAGACAGUGGGAGGACCAAAGGGGAUGGUUCCAGGGAUGCAGAUCCAGUGGCUAAGAGCUUGGGCUCUAGAGGCCGACUGACUGGAGCUUGAGACUGACCAGCUGUGUGAUCUUGGGUAGCUUACCUAACCUCUCUGGGUCUGCAAGUGAAAAUGAAGAUAAUA